AUGCAAAUACAUCGGCAAGAGCAAGUUCAUCAAGACCAGGCUUUCAACUCUGCUCAAUACAAAAAGAUAGUUUCGGGAUUAGUAUGGGUUCAAAUAACAGUGGUGGCUUGUUAUGUACCACAUGCAAUAGUUCAAGCAGUAUAUGCUUUUAAAAAAGCAACCACGCCAUUCUUAGACUUUAUUUGGGAUGUAACCAUAGCAAUGGUCCUCCUAAACUCGGCUGUGAAUCCUUUUCUUUACUGCUGGAAAGUUAAUGAGGUAACACAAGCGGUUAAGGAAACAAUCAGAGCGUUUUUUUGUUAAGUCUUCGAUAAAAGCUCUGGAAUCUAGAGGAAUCGGUGAUUUCCCACCGAAAAGGAGUAUUUUAAUUUGAAAUGAAAAGUAAACAUGGGUUGCGUAGCUUUUAAUAAAGCACCCUCUGUGAUUGGUCGAAAAAGUUUGCAUCACCUUCUCAACCAGUCAGGUGUCAAACAUUUUCCCGUGCCUCAAGAAGUUUGCUUGUUUUUAUUUCGAACUUUUAUUGGGUGCUUGCAAUAAUUUCAUAAUCAAGCAGAUGUUCUGUCAUAAAGCCAAGGUGGGCUGAUUAAAGACUCAAUACUUCACUAGCUUUCUGUGUUUAAAACUCAUUAAAACUUCGAAUUUCAUCCCAUCAAUACCGAACAAGAAAGGAAACCCGUUCAAACUACGACGUUUGAAAAUAUACCUCCUUAAAGGAGAGAAGUCGUUGUAAGCGGAAAUGAGAAUUGUUUUUACCAAGCUGUUGCUCUCUGAACGGUUGAAAUAAUGAAAAAAACACGAGGAAAUCCCUUGUGUAACUGACAGUUUGUUUGAGAAAAAUCCAAAGGUCUUUGAGCGGCAACUUUUCUUCUCGAACUCCUUGGAGGAUUAUGUCAGGAAAAGCAAGAUCACGGAACUCCAGUAGAAACUAUGGAUAUAUCAUCAGUUACACAUCGCUCCCUAAGAGACCAAUUUUUAUCACUCAUCGUCACAGAAGAAAGGGUUCAGUUUUAGCUGAUUAUCAACUCUGAUUCGUUCUCAUUGAUCGCAAAAGAAAAACAGUGUUUUUUCACAUAAAUGUACUACCAUAAUAUUUACUGCUAUAGCACGCCAUUUGUAUCUAAAGCUGCUUCGAGGUAGCUUUAGUAGCGCUCUUUUGUAUUAAACAACAACGAAAAAAGCUAGAAGUAGACUUAACACCCGCCCAAAAACUGAAAAGGCUUAUUUGAUUUAUUUCUUGGCGAUUUAUAAUUAGUUUUUUCUAAAUUUCGAGACCAUUGCGAGACAAGACGAAUUAAGCGGUAAAUUUUACCACAUAUUUCAUGGUUUUUCAAAAAAAACUUACGAUUUCCUUAUAUCAGCAUUACCCAAACCAUUAUAAUUACUGAUAAAAGAGUGGCGAAAAAGCGAUAAUCUCUCCCUAAAAUCGUUUUUUCAGUCGAACGUCGGAACAACCUUUCGCCACACAUUUCGCCCCGUGGAGAUUCCAGAAAUCUGUGCGCAAACACGAGGAUCCGAUUACUAGCAACUCAUUCAUUUGUUUCGUAUCCAUGCAUUAUUUACUCUCCUAACAAACAUAGCCACGCUACAUGCUUGAAUUUUUUAAUGGCAUGUAUGGGCUCCACGCCAAAAGGCGUAUGAGGGCCGUAGGCGAUGGUGUGUGCAGUGCUGACAAUAGUUCCACAGCCUCGUGAGACGUGAGCUAAACGAUGAAAGAAAUAAAUAAAACAUGCUUAUUGAAUGAGUUAGGUCGGACCCAACGAAAAAGUAUUUGAAUCUCGGUAAUGACACAUGGAUCUCGCGAUGCGUGGUCCUUACUUCAUGACCUCGAGCCAAAUAUUUCCCUUCUGGCCCGACCUCUCUGUUAAUAAGUGAAUAGUAUGGAUGUAUUUUGUAAAAUGUCGUUUUCCGUUGAUCUUUCAGGUUUGAUAGAUUUCUGCUUACAUUUCGAGUAUAUAGUAUAUUUCUCUGUCAUAGCGGAGUUGAUUUCGAGUGCCUACAAAUUCGCAAACUUCGUUUUCAAUCCCUUUUUAACAAUUCAUUGAACUUUUGCUUUUGAAAUAAACUGAAUUUAGUUCAUUUAACAAGAAACCACAACAAAACUUAUGAUUCGGCUUCCCUGGAAACCGGAUCUUCGACAAUACAAACAAAAUGCGUUGCCGGAUUUAGAUUUACCGCAAACCACAAUAUUGUGCUCUGUUCACAUUUAUACUGCUUAAGGAAGUUUAAAACACCACAGCGAGACGACUCUCAAGGUUCCCUUUGCUGCGCUGUGUGGAAGGGUGAGUAAAACUUUCACAAUGUGUGUCUUGAAUAAAUAUUAAAAAGCUGACUUUUAUAGCGUUAGUCUUACAUCAGAAGGUAGUAUUUAAAGAGAAGAGGGAAAUCGUUUAAUGACCUGUAACUGUCGUUUGGCGUACAGUAGAAAGUCUGAUCUGUACAGCACUUGCAAUCAAAAAGCUUGCUGACGUUUGUUAUUCGAUUAUGCGCUGGAAAAAUAUAAGAAAUUGGGGUUGUGUCCUGCUAUUGAACUGGUAUGUGCCUUAUCUGCAAUCCCUCACAAAAAAUGAUUGCUGAUGAUGUCAGCAAAAAGGGACGGAAACCUUUAGUUUAGAGUCAAAGUCUGUCUCGAAUUCCUUACCAGAGUAACUGGGGAAACCAGAAAAGAAGUGAAAACACACCUGUAUUACUUAUAAAAGCAAAAAAAAGUUAUAUAACUAUAGACUCUAUAAACUAGAAAGCUUACAGCAACUACGGUUAUUAAUAGAAUAGUGCGACAGGUUGAUUUUCAGACUUUGUUUUCUACAUACACUGAGACAGGGCGAAUAUCUUUGGGUGCAGAAGGUGUCGUACUAAAAGUCAGGAAAAUUUGAGGAGAAGGAUACAUAAUGAUUUAUGGAAAUUGUCUCUCUUUUAUAACUUAAAACUUUGUAACUGGCGCCUUCUGGGGUGUUUUCUAGUUUCUAUUCAUUGUGAUUUUUUAAAUUCAACAUGUAUAUGAGGUCUUGGUUAAAUGAUGAAGAGGCUCUUAAAUAUAUUGGUAUAAAUGUGUGGAUUUCCUGUACGUGUAUUCAUAUCUUUAAUUUUGCAAACCAAUCAAAAAACAGCAUCAUCCCCAAAACGAUUCUCACCUGUAAAUUAAUAGAGGUUUAUUGAUCCGUGCAGCGUAAGUCAAACCCUUCGUACACUUGCAUUAUGGAGGGGCAUGAAGUAUUCCAAAUCUUCAAAGUCGCCCACAGUUCAAACGCAAGAAACAAAGAAAAUUGAGUUACAAUUUCAUUCUUUACACGCAGAAGGUAGAUGAGUUUGUCUUUAUAAAUAUUUCCUUCAGUCCAGCACGGUGAAAAAUGAAAAUGAGAAUGAAAUAUUUUGAACACGUUUUAUCGUUUCGUUUUACAAUUUUUUCUUUUGCAUGCCUUGCCGGUAAAAGCUAGAAAUAUUGGUUCCAGAGUAACGUAUACAAAUACUACAAUACGUCAUUAAGAGAAUUUGCAGGAAAAUUUGAGAGAAUGUCUCGAAUAUUUAUCCUUUCAAUCAUCUGUAAAAUGUCAAUAAAUUUAUUGUGAUUACAAAUAGAUAGUGGAUGUUUUGUAUUGAUUUCCACUUGCUCGUGGCUUGACGAGUCAAUAUACUAAUGAGAAAUCAUUUUUCCUCGAGCUGAAUCACUUAGUACUGAUCGAUACCAUAAAAGAAUUUUUCUCGUGCUUUAUCUCCGAGUUUUCAUCUUAGCUUAUCAUUGAUUUUUUUCUAAGAGCAUUACAUUAAUUUUUUUCUUUCGUCCCACGCUCGUGACAAGACGAAAAAAACAUCUUUUUCUAUUGCAUUAAUUCUAUGAAGGGAAAUGUCUGUUUCAGUGAGUAAAAAGUUUAAAAUACUAGCUCUGCAUGGAAAGUAACACGUUUAAUUUUUUUCUUUCGUCCCACGCUCGUGACAAGACGAAAAAAACAUUUUUUUCUAUUGCAUUAAUUCUAUGAAGGGAAAUGUCUGUUUCAGUGAGUAAAAAGUUUAAAAUACUAGCUCUGCAUGGAAAGUAACACGUUUAAUUUUACGAUGUCUUUUUUGUCUACAAACACGAUAUUUAAAAACUGACUCCAGCAUUACGAAUACAAAUUCAAACAUAAUUUGGCAAACUGUCAUUUACCAUUUCUUGAGAGUAAUCAUAAACCUACAUCGCCGCCUUUCAUGGGCUCGAAAAUGUCCAAGUUCUGCAGUCUGUCAUCGAAAGCUUUAAUGAAAAGAAAGGCACUUUUUAGAUCAAGAUUUUAAACUCGCUCGACUUCCAUUAUUUUGUUUUUCAUUGCUCAUACCAUCAGGAACUUAUGAUAAAUAUUGGUGGACCGCAAAAGAAAAUAAUGGGACAUUAUUUUCUCUCCUGGACUUAAAUUAUGGGAGGAUCAUUAGAUAUGUCAUUCACAAAUGGAAAAAUACGAGAAAAUGUCACGAAGAUCAGUAGUCAUAAUCAUACAAGUACAAUACUGUCAAGUCUGUAUUUAUAAUUAGUGAAAGUUCAAAUAAUGGUCUGUUGAUGGACAGGGAGUACUUUUGUAAAAGAUGUUUUUCAGGCUCUGUAACAAUGAGGUUAGCAUGCUGAAUUCAAACCGAGACUUCUGUUAAUAUUCUGCAGGAUUUUCUAUUUGGGUAGCUGCAUACAGUCUAACUCAACUCAGAAGCGAUCAAGAUUACUGAGUAGAUCUUCAAGGUACGGUUUCUGAUUGUGAUCCCAAAAUCGGAAUCGACAGGUGAAAGUGCGUUGGUCAUUUCAGUGUUUCCUUGGUUUUUAGAUUUGCUAUAAAUCCUUCCUCUGUGGGACAAAAAGGUUUUUUUUAAAAUCACCCAAGUUCAUCCCCAUUGAGAAAGGCAGGUGAGAUCUAAAGUUAAGUCUACAUUAAUCUUAAAGCGUGGUUACUUUGAAAUUAAUAACCUUGUACCAUUCCUAGUAUAGAUCUUAAAAAGUAUGUACAACAUAACUUAAACCAGGGUUUAAAGUGAUUGGUGGAAAAGGUUUUUUAUGGUCACCUGUCAGACAAGUUAAAAUUUUAUUGAUCACGUAUACAUGUGCGAAGGAUGGACCUCCGCUUUCGCGCUUGGCUAUACCUAUAUAUAUGUAAAUAUUUGAAUAAUUGAAACGUGACUCAUUCCCACGAUGAAUAGAAAGUUUUUUAUUUUCAUUCCAAUUAAAAAAAGUUUCCUGUAGUAAGAUUGUUCCAUACCGAACUUAGCUAUUUAUGUUUUUACAUGAAGAAACGCACAAAAAGUGACAAAGGAGAUUUAUAAAAUUUUUUAUAGUUAUAAUAUUGAUAUUCAUAAAAUGCACGCAAUAAAUUUUUUGUGUGCAAAGUAAAUAAAAAUCUAAAUUCUGUCGAAACUCGACUGACAAAGGAAGUACCUUUGACAUCGAGUGAACAAUAGAGAAUCUUCAUUGCAUCUGACAGUGUCUCCUAUAGCGUAAAAUAAAUUAUAAAAAAAAUAGAAAGAAAGAGGAAAGCUAAAAAGAAAUCGAUACAAUAGAAGUAUCUUUAGACCAGGAUGCUGCAAUAAAUCGUGAUAAAAAGAAAACAACAACAUUAAAAACUACAGCAAUGAGAGAGAGAGAGAGAGAGAGAGAGAGAGAGAGAGAGAGAGAUCAGUUCAGUUUGUCGAGUUCUAUACACCGUAUUUCCUCUUUUCGUUACCUGGCUUCCUACUAAAAAAUAUGUUAUGAUUCUGCCCGUAAUUAAUAAUUUUAGGCAUUUCAUAAAUGAAUUUUUUUAAGGAAAAUAAUUAACGUUGACAGGAUUUCUUUGAAUUGCCAAUUUUGACCAAAUAAAAAAGGUAUUAUUUUAUUUUAUUUGUAUUCCAUGAUAGCAAUCAUCACUGAGUGGCUAAAGCAAUCCGGCAAUGUUCAGGUGUUUUCUGGUCCCUUUUUCGCUCUGUGAUUGGUCUAGAAAACUAGCGCCACUUCCUCAACCAAUCGGAUUUAAUUCUUUGCUUUGAGCCACCUUCAUUAAUUAUGUUUUCCUUCAUUAAAAUAGGUUCAUGUGGAACUGCUGCAAGAUUCAGAAUCAUGGAAGGACAGACAGGCAAUGACGAUAAGACCAGACUAAAGGUCGAUCUCAAAUUGAUAAGAGAAAAAAAUCCACAUAUUUUUUAGGUCUAGCUUUCAAAAAUGACGAGUUUAGAAGUGGCUGGAAACAACACGACAAGCUACAAUUCGUUAUGCGUCGAGCGUCUUUAUGGAUUUCAUCUGAAAAUAUUGAUCGCCACAUUGAACAUUCCAUUAUCAGUAACGGCCAUUCUGGGUAACGUUCUAAUUAUUAUCGCACUUCAGAAUGUGUCCACGCCUCUACGUCCACCAUCUAAACUUCUCUUCCGAUACCUUGCAAGCACAGAUCUGGCGGUAGGACUCGUUACACAGCCUUUAAUAGUUGUCUUUUUGCUUGUGCCAGAGAAAUCUGGCAGCUGCCUUUACCUUACCAUCAUAGGUAAGGCAACCAGUGUGUUGUUUGGUGGAGUAUCGUUGUUAACACUAACUGCAAUUAGCGUGGAAAGGCUGCUUGCUUUGCUACUGGGGAUUCGGUACAGACAAUUUCUUUCUUUAAGGCGAAUAAAAGUCAUGAUUUUCAUAUUUUGGCUCAUUGGUGCAGCAAUUGCAGGAAUGUUUAUUUUCAGGCUCUUGAUCGCUGCAGUCAGCGGUAGCAUACUACUACUGUCAUGCACAGCAACGUCAACUUUCUGUUACACGAAAAUUUAUCGUGUGCUACGCCAUCAUGGCAGACAAGUUAAUGUUCAACAAGGGGCCACCGGAGCACCAGCUUCCCUAAACAUUGCGCGAUACAGAAAAACAUUGUCCACUGCAAUGUGGGUGCAAAUGACAUUCCUUGCCUGUUAUCUCCCUUUCGGAAUUGUCCAAGUCAUAAUUUCUGUCACUGCAUUACGAGCACCAUCCAUUGACUUAGCUCGGGAUCUUACAGGCACUAUCGUGUUCUUAAACUCAACACUAAACCCGUUUCUUUACUGCUGGAAGAUAAGCGCAGUAAGGCGAAUAGUAAAGGACAAGAUCAGACGGUGGUUUUGCUUUUAA